UCGAAACAUAUGGAACACAAUAAGAUCUCAAAAUAGUAAAAAUAUAGAUUUCUGCGCAUUCAUUUCGAUGCCAAUCGAGGUAAUAUUAACAGACCGUUUACGAGAUGCAAUCGAAGAGGUCUUUGGGUUGGAUUCAACAACAAACGAGUUGAAAAAUGAGCUUCAAAUGUGGCGAAGGAGUGGAGAUAGUUCGAACACAUCAGUUUAUAGCAACAAUCAUGUUGAUGAAGUUAAAACUAGAAAUUGUAACACUAUUCCGUUUAAGAGCGUGAAAAAAGUAUUUGAAACGCUAAAGAAAGCUGGGAAAGUUAUAUAUUUGAAUGAACUCAUGGAAGGCAGUGGAUUGUACAUUGAACCAAUCCAUGAAGCAAAAAAGAGUCCAGAAUUAGUUGCUCGACUAGAGAAACUACAGGCAAAGCAAAAUGAACUAAGAUAUCGGGCCAUGGUGAAAAAUGUUGACAAAGAGCUUUUGCACAAAGAGAAAAAAGCUGUUGGAUUAGAGAUUCGUUCGACAAGUCGACAAUUAACCUCUGUGGUAAAUUUUGUUUUGUCCGUUGGUGGGACAUUUGUGUUUGGUUAUAUGUGUUCGCAAUAUGCAUUCACGCAUGUUGGCCUGAGAGUCAUGUUUGGCCUCAUUCUAGCAUGUGCUGUUGCCGUGGCUGAACUUUAUUUCAUGGCGAAGGGUGCUGAAAUUUGACAAUAAUACUAAAUGAAAAUUACAAAUGAACAAACAAAAAACCGUUCGGGAUACAGACAACUGUGAUGUCGAAGAAAGAGCAUAAAAA